AAAACAAACACGUACAUCCCUGCAAAACGCCGCGUACGCAAAACAAACUUGUGGCGGAAACAAUUGUGUAAAGAAUUGCGUGCAUAGAAGAAAGUAGUGUAGGCCCUGUUUGCCAAUAAGAAUGAUCCGGCAAGGUGCGCACCGUACGUGAUGGAAACGAACACCGUACAAACGGUUACGCUAACAAAUAGUAUAAUCGGUGUGGGCAUUCUGUCUAUGCCCUUCUGCUUUCAGCGUUGUGGAAUUGUACUUUCAAUAGUGCUGCUACUGCUCAGCAGCUAUGUUACCCGGCUGGUGUGCAGCUACAUGGUCAAAUCGGCCAUCAUUUCGAGGAGGAAAAACUUUGAACAAAUUGCAUUCUAUGCCUUUGGAUCGGGUGGAAAGCUACUGGUAGAGCUAUGCGUCGUCGGUUACCUGCUGGGCACAUGCAUUGCCUAUUUCGUUGUCGUCGGUGACCUUGGGCCACAAAUCACGGCCAAAAUCCUGUCCAUGCACGAGAGCGACAGCCUUCGGACAUGGGUCAUGAUCGUGGUCACGAUCGUGUGCAUCAUUCCGCUGGGUAUGCUUCGAAACGUGGACAGCCUCGCGUCGGUUUGCACGGCCUCGCUAGGAUUCUACCUGUGUCUGGUGCUGAAAGUGGUAUCAGAAUCGAGCGUAAAGUUCCAGCACACCGGUUGGUUCGACCGGUUGGAUCUGUGGAACUGGAGUGGCAUACUGCAGUGCAUGCCCAUUUUUACCAUGGCCCUUUCCUGUCAGAUGCAAAUAUUUGAAGUGUAUGCCACGAUGCCCACCACAUCGCUGGAUAAGAUGAGCCGAGUCAUACGACAGUCUACGAACAUCUGUACGAUGAUAUACGUCGCGAUAGGGUUCUUCGGGUACGUGGCGUUUAAUGGGCACCGAUUCUCUGGCAACAUUCUCGUCGAUUUUACGCCAUCGUUUGCCAGUGACAUCAUCAAGAUGGGAUUUGUGCUUUCGGUCGCGUUCAGCUUUCCGCUAGCGAUCUUCCCUUGCCGGGUGAGCCUUUACUCGCUGCUGUACAAGCGUGCGUCGGACGGGCACAUGUACAUACCGGAGUCAAAGUUUCGUCCACUCACGAUAGCGAUCGUGGUAGUGGCGCUCAUCUUCGGUUUGCUCAUACCAUCGAUCGAGGUGGUAAUUGGACUGGUGGGUUCGACGAUUGGCGUUGCGAUAUGUCUGAUCAUACCGGCCGCAUGCUACAUGACGAUUUGUAAAACAAACAUUAGCGAAAAGCAGAUUGCACAGGUCAUGAUAGCGUUUGGGUUUAUUAUUAUGGUGCUGGGGACGUACGCAAACUUGCAGGCAAUCGAUCGUGCCCCGGAAAGAAAGUAUGAGCCAACGGUUGCACCUCCCAUGCUAGAGAAACUUAUCGGUAAACCGAUGCCGGUCGAACCGGACAAAAAGGCGGACGAUCUCAAUCCUCAAGCACCGGCACCGCCACCCGUGCUGCCGGUAGAAUCUGUAACGGAGAAGAUCAUACCAAAGAUAGAACCACCGCAACACGAUGCCGCUGUCCAACCACCAUCGGCAGUAAAAUCCCCAACCGACGAGGAAGAAACGGGAAAGAACUCGCUCGGUGGUGCAAAAUUAUCAGAAACAAACUCCAAUUUGCAACAGCCCGGUGCGGCAUUGGAAUCAUCAUCACCCAAAGACACCCGAGCAGCGAUCAAUAACGAGGCAAUACUGAAGGAAGAGCAUGAGAUAGCGGUCGAAGAGAAGGAGAAAAUAGUGCAAGAAAUCAGUGAACUGAAGAACGCAAAAAAGGUACUCGAAGCCGAGGUGGAAAACAUUAAGGAAGAGUUGGUGAAGAAGAACAAGGAAACGGAACAGCUGGUGCUGAAGAAGUUGGACGAGAUAGUGGAAAAAAUAUCCGUCCAGAAAGCUAGCAUUGGGUCGCGGGAAGAACCGGAACAGAAACUGGGGAACGGUCCAGUACCGUCGAUCGCAGCAAAGAACGAUCCCAUCCCGAACGAUCCGAUCGUGAAGCUACUGAAAGCCGGUGGAAACAAUAAAUCAAUUCCACAGAUGCAGGGAAGAGGUGGUGCAGUUAAUGAAACGGAGCACAGAGUGCAUAACGUUCUGGCACCCGAUUUGGAUACCGGCGGCGUACCGGUAGAAGGUGCAGGAGCCGGUGAGUUACCGGUUGAGCAGCCAGGGGAAGGGAACGGCAAACGAGCGGAAAAGGCAGAUGAAAAGCGGGACGAAAAGCAAGAUCCACCGGCUGUAGGAGAGCUGCCGGAGAGCGAUAAUAAGCAAACGUCACAAAAUCGAACCGAACCCCCCAAGUAUGGAGUUCCGCAGAAUGCAGAUUCUAGCCAAAUCGCAAAGGGUAACAGUAUUAGCGCGAAUCGGGAACUGGGGGAGGCGGAACAAGCUAAACUGCAACCACCGCCCGAAAGCGAGCACAAGGAGCAGAAUGUUCCUUUGCCUCCGUUACCGGUAGAGGUGCCGGCCGAAGCAGUGGCCGAACCGAUUCCACCCACCAAGCAGCCGGAACCGAAGGUAGUGCAAAAUGUGGCUGCCGAUGAGCCGAUGGCAGGAAAGCGUGAUCUGCUGGCUAUGCGCUUGAAGCGUGAAGCGAUCGAUGCGGACCGUGAGCCGGAAAACUGUCCGAAGCGGCGUACAGAGCCGGGCGUGGUUGAGCAGGGGCAAAGUCUAUCCGAAAACACGAACGAACCGGCCAAGCUGGAGAAGGAUGGAUUUCGAUAGAGUUCGUUAGACUGAAAGUGAUAUACAGUGGGAGGGUGGAAGGUGCAGUGGCAGGAUCGUGUUGUUUUUUUUGGAUGUAUUUUAUAGAGCAAUAGUUGAAUCUUGAAAGAGUGUAUUUGGGGACGUUAGCGGAGCACAUGAAGGGCGUUGUUGUAUCGUAUACUGGAAAGCGAUGUGAAAUAAACUAAUUGGUUUCAAUGAAAUCCACUACUUGCAGACUA